UUUGCUUACAAACCUCCUAGCCCUUCGAUCUCUCUGAUUAUGGCUCGUUGUCCGUUUGAAUUGACACUGAAGAACACAGGACGGAUUGCAUUUGGCGUUAUCUUAGUAAUUCAAGCAAUUUUCCUCGCUUGCUACCCUGGCGAGUAUGAAAAUUCUAAAUGGUACAGUUUAUUAACAGUUUUCCUCCCAGCACUUGGUGCGUGGUCUUUGCUGUUACGUUUUCAGAAAGCCACACUUCGUUGGCUGUUAUUAGUCUGGAGUCUCUACAUUGCUGCCUUGAUAGUGAACAUCGGGAUCAUUUUUGGAUUGGUUGGAGACAAACUUGGCACCAAGAAGUUCCCGAGCUUGGGUCUCUUAAAGGGAAUUCUAUGCCUCACGCCUCCUCUGUUAUUACUGUUGCUACAUAAUGCAGAUGACCUGGAUCGAUCUCGAGAACGCAAAGAUUUAGUGUUCAAGCUGUCUUUUCAAAUGGCCAUCGAUCUGUUCGAUGUGAUUGACAUGAUUGACAUUGUUUUGGAUGACAUAGGACGUGUGAAUGAAGCUCGGAGCCUACCAGCAGAUGUUAUAGCCACAUUAAACAAAACCCUUAAGGAGACUCUACCAAGCUUCACACUCAACUCCACAGGUAUAUUAACCUCGGAAUUGAACAAAAGCCUUGCAAUACCUCCAGUAUUCGGUAGAGUGAUGAUAGGAGUCGCAUGUUUCAGUCUCAUGUUGUCUAUAUGGCAAUGGGCUGAAAACAAGCUAUCCACGAAUGACACGGGGAUUCAAUUUCGAACAGCAGUUGCACGCAACGUUCUAGAGGUGAUAUUCGUCAAUUUCUUUUUCUUGAUCAUCCGUGGAGUGGUUUUUUUUAUGUACGGCCAAGACGACUUUGUUUUUAUAGCCAAGAAUUUCAUCGCAAUAAUUUUUUCAAUUUUGGAAAUUCACGCUCUUUGUCAAUCGCAUUCAACCACGUUUGUAAGU